ACUUUUUAUGAUUAUGAAUUCUAGUGUGUAUAAUAACAAUGACUGGCUCUUGGUGGCUGGCUGUACGUUGCCGAUCUCCACAAACCUGGCUAACCACAUCUGCAAUUGGCUUUCAUACUACUGACCCACAUCUCCGUCACCAAUGAUGUGGCUGUUCGUUCAUUGACGCUUGUAAUACUUUCAAGUCGAUCGAAAGUUUUCUUUUAGCGUGAGUAAGGCCAUAACAAUAAAGACAAAUAUAAGUUUAGCCAGCUCUAAAGUUACAUAGCAGUUAAUAUUAUUGGGACUUAAAGCUGGGCCUAUAUAAAAAGGUUGCGGCUUGUCGGACGCGGUAUGGAGACAAGUGCAGCAGAAGAGGAAUUUAUUACAAUAGUACCAGUAGGCGAAAAUAAGCCUCCAGUACUGGAUCCAAGUUUUGUUACUGUUCUUACAGUUGGUGCGGCGGGUGGCGCUGCAGAAGUUACUGUUCAGAGACCAAGAGGCGCUCGGCUUGGCCUGGGUCUUAAAUUUGAAGGUGGAUCUGCUGCUGCUGAGAAUGUAAGGCGGUUACUCGUUCAAUCAUGUGCUGAUGACAGCCCGGCAGCGAACGCGAUCACCCCAUGGGGUAAUCUCUUACCUGGCGAUGAAAUACUGGCUAUAGAUGGCGUUUCAGUUUCCGAGCUUACCAGAAUUGAUUGUGUACGUCGGCUUAAAGAUUCAGAUGAAAAGUUAACUCUGCUCGUGCGUCAUUUUGAGUCAAGUGACAAAAUGGAUAUUAAAAUGUUAAACGAAAAAGAAGCUCCAAUUACCACAGCUCUGGUAAAUGAAAUAACAAGGCCAACAUCUUUACCACCACCGGUUCCUCCACGAAAAUUAGGAAAGAAAAAUUCUUUUAAAGAUAAAACUACUUUACCCACUGUUGGUGAGCAAAACGCUCUUAUUAAUGUAGACCAACCGACUAAAACUGAAAAAUUAACAAGCAGUCAAAAUACGAAUGUUACAAAAUUAUCUCGUAAAUCUUCAUUUGAUAGUCACCUUUUUAGACAAAACAAAGAAAGCCUUGCUUGUUUAAAGAAAGGAUCUCCCGAAGAGGUGCGACGCCUAGUUCGUCGACUAUCAGAUGGUAAAGCAAUUCCUCCAGAAGCUGAAGUUUACAUUGAUUUGUUAUCUAACGAAUGGGAACGUUGCUUAGCUUUAGCUGAUGCAGAAUCAGACGAUACGGGAAGUUCAAUAUCAACAGUUAUUGAUAGAUUAGGGUCAAUGGCAAAUUCUGUUGAAAAUAGUAUCCCGUCAACACCUAUUAUGCAACCAAAAUCAAUUGAUAUACAAAAAGUUUUAAAUAGCAUUGAGAAUAUCGAUGAUAAUAUUUUAAAAGAUAUGACAAUUAAAAAGUUAAAAGAACAGAAAACCGAUAUAAACGAGAAUUGUAUGAUAUUAGAUAAAUCUUUAGUUUCCAAUAACUUAAAAAUUAAAAUGGUGGCGUCUGCUAAUUUACAAGUUUCCGAAGAAAAUAAUUUAAUCAGUAAUAAAAAACUGCAAAGUGACAAAAACAAUAAUAACACAGAUGAAAAUAUUAUGCCUAAAGCCGAAAAAAAGGAAACAGUCUCAAAUAAACAAGACGGUGUUCAAGAAAAGCCCAAGCCAAUGCCUCGUAAUACAAAAGUGGAACGGUCUGCAAGUGAAAGGAAACGUAAACCGAUUCCGAUUCCAGAACCGCCUCCAAAUCCAAUAGUCGAUCAGCUUUUAACACCGACAAAGAAAAAUUGCAUUGAAACAUGGCUUCAACGGUCGGAGGCUGAAAUGAAUAAUAAAACUGCCGAUAAAUUGGAGGUACCUGCAGUUCCUGAAAUACUACCUCGUUUAAUUGAUUUCGUGCCGAAAAACCAGUUUGUAGAGAGUUCAAAUGAAACUCAAACCUGCAUAAGACCUACUACGGCGCCGCCCCCGCCACCCGUUGACCCACGAGAAGAUGGUUCCGGUGCUUCUCUCGACACUAUAGGGGAACUGGAUGAAUCUUCCGAUGUCACUGAUAAUGCGAAACAACGACCUGACAACGAUUCACCUAAACGAAAGUCAUCAUUCGACAAACUUUAUUGGAAUGAGCGCCUAAAUCGCAGCGAUGCCGAAGACAAAAGCCUUUCAAAUGACGAGGCACCGGUACCGACGUGUCCUCGACAGCCUCCCGAUGGUGUGGAAACGCCUUCUGAUGCGAUUGAGAAGAUACCAGAUUUACCCACUAGAUUACCCCCACGCUUGCCCGCAAACUGGCCGACCACUCGCCCACGUCUUUCAUUUACAUCUAGAUCUCAAGAUGCGAGAAGCGAAGCCAGUGUAAAGGAUAAAAUAGCGAUGUUUUCAUCAGAUCUUGCAAUAUCCUCCGAUCGCAUAGACAAAAUAUGUGGCACUUUGCCGGUUAGAUCUCACUCUACUAUAAGAAAAAGUGUUACACCUUGUGUUAAAAACUAUACAGAAAUAUCGUCGUUAGAUAGGCGUCUCACGAAAUCACAAGAUAAUCUUGAUGAAACACCACGGAUGUAUAAAAGACACACAGAACGACCUGAGGUUUUAGGUGGUGGUGAAAAUACAAUAAUAGAAACUAAACCUAUAAAAUGUAUUCAAAAACAAGUAUUACAGAAACCAUUAUUCUAUGGCAGUACAAAUACUUUAGCUUCAGAGGCCACAUUUACAAGACCUGUUUUCCAUGGACGCAGUAUUAGUGAAGAUAAUAGUUCCAAACAUUCUGGAUCACACAAGUCAAACUUAGAGUAUUUAAUAGAACAACGAAAAAAAUCAAUGUCGAAGUUACGAGGUUUAGUUAUACCUGAAAUGCAAGCACCCAUUAUAGAUUUACCUGAAAUAAAAGUCAAAGACAAUUUAUCGAAAAUGUUCCUACAAAAAUCAAUAAAACCAGAAGUUAAGAGUGAAACUAAGGUCAGUAAUGUUAGAGCAUUAACUUUCAAUGAUAGUAAAUGGAAAACUAAUUUCUUGCCUAACAAUCUCCCCAAGUAUUCGCCUGCUUUUAAAAGGAAGUCAUUGCAAGUUUAUACACCGACAUCGUGCUUAUCUAAAGAAUCUACUCCAGAAAGAAAAUUUGCUGAAAAAGUGGAAACUAUAAAUAAAAUUAACGCUGUUCAAAGUUUGCACAAGCCCUUAAGGGCUUCUGCAGAGUUAUCCAGAACACAUUACAUUAAUUCUCCACUUGUAUAUAAGCAAUACGAUAAAAAUAAUUUUAAUAAUACACACAACUUUAAGAACGUUGAAGUUAAAAUUUGUACUACAACUGAGGUGGUUGACAGUGACAAUGAUUCAGCGAUGAGUUCUACUCAAUCCAGCUAUCGAUCUUCAGCUUCAUCGCCUAUGCAGCACUUAGAUCAUGUGGAAUCUGACAACUCUCGCAUGUCACCUAAAAUUUUACACUAUGCUACUUACGUUAAGUCCGACUUUUUAGCAAAACCAAUCCACAUUGAUAAAAAUUCCGACGAAUACAUUAAACGGAAGGUCUGCCGUUCUGUAUCAUCAGAAACAAAUGUAUCUCUCAGUUCUUCAGCUGGAUCGGGUGCAACCUCCGGAUCGCAGGCUAGUUGUAGUUCUUUAGAAAGUUCUGUAGCAGACUCAGACAAGAGAAGAGUUUCAAAAACUUAUAACGUCGAUACAAUAAAUAGAAGGAAUAUCCUCGCUUCUGCAAAAUGUAGGAGUGGUAGAGAUGCAAAGCUUAACUCUCCGGUAAUUGAAACUAAAUUCUCUCAUGAGCCUCAUGACAGAUCUCCUAGCCCAAUUUCUAGACCGCCUGAACGCCUUUCUACGCUCCCAUUAAAUGUGAGUGUCAUAACGAAUAAAGGCGACAGCAGGCGACGCAAUAAAAUUGUUGUUGAAAGUGACUCCGACUCUGAAAGUGAAAUAACUAUUCGGCAAAGAAAAUCUGAUUUUAAGAACUCUAGAUUAAAACGAAAUUUAUCAGCAAAUAAUAAAACAAAACAAAAUGGUGUACCAGUUGAAAAUGAUAGAAAUGACGAAGUUCCACAAGUCAUUAAAGACAAAAUAAUGAGCGAGAUUAAUAAAGCUGGACUAGAUGAUUAUAAUAGGAUAAGUAAGAAGACUUCUUCCGAAAACAGCAAGGUUUAUCCAGGGACAACACUAAAUAAUCAUAAUUAUAGAUUCGUGAAAAAUGAAGAAAAUAUUAAUACUAAUACACAAGGGCAGAAAGAUUUAAAAAGUAGAAUCAAUGUAAAAUCUACUACACCAUUAAACCUUAAAAUCACAUCAUCUCAGUUGCCUAAGAAUGAUACGCAACAACACGAAUGUAAAGAUAUUGGUAAAAUUGAAACUCAGAUAAUUCAUCUCAAAAAAGAAAAUGGUUCAGGCGUAGGUCUUAUAUUAGCUGGAGGUACAGAUUGUGAGGCAAAAGAUGUUACGGUCCAUCGUGUCUUAUCAGACAGUAUUGCAGCCAAGGCAGGAAUAAAAAAGGGAACAAAAAUAAAAAGCAUUAACGGCUGCCCAAUGACAGGCCUUACACAUGCGCAGUCUGUGACGAUUUUAAAGGAGCAACGCUCUGAGGUUAUAAUCGAAUUUGAAAAUGAAAGAAACGGAAUCUCUAACAAUUGCGGCUCUGACAAAGCGGAGUCGAAAGGCAAAACCAUUGUCAAGGAUGACAAGAAAACCAAUGCAUCAGAAGUAACUGUCCUUUUGGAAAAAGCCGGUGGCGGUGCUGGGUUAGGAUUUGGACUUGAUGGUGGGAGGGACUCGCCGAAUGGAGACAAACCACUUACUGUUAAGAAACUAUUUGCAGGUGGCGCUGCAGCUCAAAGCGGUCGUGUAUUGGUUGGUGCUGAACUUCUCUCAGCGGGAGGCCAAUCGUUCGAAGGAUUCACACGUACGCAAGCGUGGGCGGCUUUAAAAGCUCUUCCUGCUGGACAAGUUGCUUUAGUAUUGAAAAACCCCAUAAAUUCCAAUAACUAGCUUGGAUACAGAUAAAUAAAGAUGUCCAGUGGCUCUUAACAUAAUAUUGCAUCAAUCACAGUCAGCGGUAUAAAUAUCAAUACUAUGGUGUGGUCUCAUAUUGAAUGCUAGAAUUUUGAAGGAAGAAAAUAAGUUUUUUUUUGUGACAAGCAAGUUUACGAAUAGCAAUCGGACCUUUUAAAAUAAUUAAACUGUUGGUGUUAGAUUUUGGCCACUGGUAAUUAGUUCAGAUGAGAUUUCUGUAGAAUGAGGUUUGUGCUGAAAUCUUAUUAAUCUCUGUGGUCUGUGAAAGAUUGUCUAUUCCGUGGAAGCAGAUUGCGUUUUAAGCGUUAAAUCCUAGUUAAACCCGAAGACUGUAAUUGAAUUGAAUUAUUCAAAUGUUUAUUUAUUAUUUAAAAUACUAGUCUUGAAGUAAAGUAGCUGUAAGUAUGAUCUAGGAAUUAUACAAUAUGUAUUUGUAUUAAGGGCGUGCCAUUGGAAUCAAAAUUCCUAUUGCCAGAUAUUAAAAUUUGCAUUAAUCCAUUAUAAAUAACUCACUCCUUAAAAAUGUAGACCACAUUAUUUUUAUGUCUACGAAUGUUUCAUUAUUGAUAGCAAUAGUAACUUUGCUUUUUUUUAUUAAUUUUUGAAUACCAGUUAACAUAUGCCUUGCCAUUCCUAACUUUGAAUAAUAAUGUUAUCUUGUUAGUUAUUUUUCUAAUACAUGUAAAUAGAUGUUACAUUUCCUAUUUUUCUAACUUGUAUAUUUUACUAAUAUCGUUAAAACACUGAAAGUGUAACC